AUAAACCAAAAAACAAAUCUAAAAAACAGAAACACAAUACAGUCUCUUCAACCUUAGCAAGAACCACAUCCAUGGCUUCCAUCAAGCCAUUCUCAUCACUCUCAUCUCCAUUAAAACAAUCGACUUCUUCAUUAAACCCAUCGUUUUCCUUCAGACCCAUCUCCGAAUUCCAAUCUCCAUCACAAUUCAGUCGUGAACGAGGCCAGGUUUCAGUCUCGGUAGCAUUCAAUCCAAGUGGGAACUUUGACCUCUCACUCUAUGAUGAACAAGAAAAUGUAGAACAAGCACCUCCACCCAUGCCACCAAAAGAAGGUAGAUGUGAAGUAGUAAUAGACAACGAUACAAUCCGGCUCCUUGAUUUGUUUCCAUUUUCAAAUGCCACUGGAAUUACAACAACCUCACCUGUUGAGCCAAGGGAAUUUCUUGAACGCACGAUAGGAUUCACAAUUAAUUACAAUAGAGACGAUGAACACGAUCCCCGAGAACUAUCUGAAUUCCCUGAUAUAAGAUUAUGGUUUGUUAGACUUGAUGCUACGUAUCCAUGGCUUCCAGUCCUAUUGGACUGGCGAGCUGGAGAACUUGCUAGAUAUGCGGCCAUGUUGGUGCCUCACCAGAUGAGUAUGAGAAUGGGAGUUGUGUUCAAUCCCGAGGCAUUAGAAUUGUUCAUAAUGAAAAAAGUGUUUAUAACAUAUUCUUGGUUGAAAGAAAAUGACAUCCCAAAGCCUAGAUUGAAGGUUAAAGAUAUGGCUAGAAUGCUCGGGUUUGGGAUCGGAGACGAACUAUUCGACAUGAUUGAUCGACAUCCACUCUCGUCUUCAUAAAUUUAGACAUCGAUGGAUGAAACUUGCAACGUUAAAUCAAACCAGGGACGACCCGAGUUAACUUUUGAAAAUAGGGACUAAACACGCUUUCUGGCAUAUGCACGAGGGAC